AUGAAAGAGAGGUUUUUCGCACGGGUAAACCUCGGGAGUUGGUCCACGCCAAGACUAGCGCAACUCCAACGACAGCGACCUCACCUCCGCUCCACCAGCACAGCUACCAACCCACAUCCACGCACCGCACUCCUCAACCUCCUCGCACUCCGCCCUCCCAUCAACAUGGCAGGCCACAACAACUCCCUGGCCAUGGACCCCGCGCUGGUCAAAUACAACAACAUGUCGGCCAAUCGGUGGAGAUACUUCCGCUGGACGCCUCGCACGGCCUGGAUCACCUUCGUCUACGUCGUGGCCGUGCCGUCCGUGGUGGGAUAUGUGGGGUUUGUUACGGAGGGCAAGUACGAGCUGAGGGGUAAAAGGAGGGGCGAUAUCAUUCGGGAAUUCUAG